CUUCCUCCAUCUACUUUUCUCUUUAAAUCUUAUCUCUUCUUCUCCUGUUCACCUAUAUUUAUAAGAGUAAGCAAAGCAGAACAGGUGAAGAGGUGUCUACCUAAAUUUUGGGUUUUUUAGAUUUUUCUAAAUAAUAAUAAUUAUGGGAAGUGUGUCAUCUUGGCCUGAAGGAGUACCGACAAGCAACAAGGAAAGGGUGAUAAAAGAACUUGUUAAUGGUCAAGAGUGUGCUAAACAGCUUCAGAUCCUUCUUCACAAUUGGUGUGAAAAAAAUGGGCGUCUCUCCGCUGAGGAACUUGUGCACAAGAUCUUCGCAUCUUUCGACCACGCACUUUCUUUGCUGACUUCUGUUGAAUCUGCCGAGGAUUCUCAGAAUCAGGCAACUUCCUACCAUGAUUCCCCGUGUUGCAAUGGCAGGUCUGAAGAUUCCACUAACAGCAGGAAGAAACUUCCUUCUAAGGAAAAGAGAGGAUGUUACAAGAGAAGGAGAGAUGAACAUGCACGGACAGUAGUUUCUUCAACCGUGGAAGAUGGUCAUGCAUGGAGGAAAUAUGGACAAAAGCAGAUCCUUAAUUCUAAGCACCCAAGGAGUUACUUUAGGUGCACUCGUAAGUACGAUCAAGGUUGUAAGGCCACUAAACAAGUCCAAAGACUGGAAGAUGCUGGCUCCCAAAUGUUUCAGACCACUUACAUUGGAACCCAUACCUGCAGACCAGACUCAUUCAAGGCUCCCCAAAUCAUCAUAGAUUCUGAACCUCGGGAAUCUUACAACAAGUUCAGUUAUGGCAGCAGCAACCCCAAAAUCCCAACCAAAAAGCUGCAUGAAAUCACUCCACCUGUAAAGCAGGAAACCAAGGAAGAAACACCAACAACAAGUGGUCUUACAGACAUGGAUUCUGUUGUGAUGUGGAAAGACAUAAUAGGUGCUGAAUACGGGGAUGUGGUUUCUAACGUGUAUACAAGCACUGAAAUCACUUCCCAGAAUUUGGAACUGGACCUUGUAAUGAAGCCUGUAGAGUUCGAAGACGAUUUUCAGUUUGAUGAAAGUGAGUUGGUCUAGUCAUCAUCAUAUUAACUGUAUCUACGAUAGUUUGUGAUCUGUAAUGUGGAAUAAUAAUAAUAAUAACCAUUGAAAUCUUCUCCAGGUGUGGAAACCUGUUUUCCUUCGAA